GCUCGCGAUCAGGCUCUGGGAGUUUGGCUCAGGAGGCGAUGUGGCGGCUGGAGAGGGGCGGGGCCACAGCAGCCCGGUUGUUUCCUUCAUUUACUGAGCAGCACAGGGCUGCAGGGUCGAGCUGAACCUUCUGCGAGCUGACGGGACCAACCAGCUGAAUGCAAACACUGUAUGCGCUGCUGCUGCUGCUGCUGUGUCUGGGCCUGGUGGGGGCGCUACAGCCAGCUGAGCACCUGGCCCAGAAUGCCAUUCGGGUCCGUCGUGGCGUGGGGGUGCCAUCUGCCGGUGGGCACCGUUGGGUGGCUGAGAACUGCCGCCGCCUCUCGAGCCUUCUACGGCAGAAGAAUGCUGCUGUACGGAAGCUGGAGGCGGCGGCUGCAGUGGCGGAGCGUGACCAGAUGCUCUCAGAUGCCGAGCGCCUCUUCCAGGUGCACACGCUCGAGGUGUUCCAGAAGGAGCUGAAUGAGAGCGAGCGCUCCCUGUUCGAGGCCGUGUUGGGCCUUCAGCGUGUGCUGAAGGGUGAUUUUGGUGACGUGGCGAACAUGAAGGAAAGCAGCCGCCAGAGGCUCGAGGCGCUCAGGGAGGCCGCCAUUAAGGAGGAGCAGGAGUAUGUGGAGCUGGUUGCAGCUGAGAAGCACCAGCAGGAGGCGCUGAAGGUGGCUCAGGAGCGGAACAAAACCCUCUCCCUGCUGGACGAGAUUCUUGAGGACGUUCGGAGGGCUGCUGAUCGCCUGGAAGAGGAGAUCGAGGAUCAUGUCUUUGACAACAACAAGCAGAUGAAGGGGGUCAAUGUGGAGGCAGUCCUGAGGGUAGAAGAUGAUGAUGAGGACAACAAGAGGAAGAAUGUGUCGUGGCAAGUACCAGAAGGUGACCUGGGCCUGAGUAUGCUCAUUGAUUCACAGAACAACCAAUAUGUACUGACCAAACCCCGGGACUCGACCAUUCCUCGUGCUGACCACCACUUCAUCAAGGACCUGGUGUCCGUGGUGAUGCUCUCUCUGCCCUGUGGCUGGCUGUGCACCCUGGUUGGACUGCCGUCGAUGUUCGGCUACAUCGUUUGUGGGAUUCUUCUAGGUCCCUCAGGGCUUAACAGCAUUAAGUCCAUGGUUCAAGUAGAGACGCUGGGGGAGCUGGGUGUGUUCUUCACGCUCUUUAUGGUUGGUCUUGAGUUCUCUCCUGAGCGACUACACAAGGUGUGGAAGAUCUCUGUUCAGGGCUCCAGCUACCUCAGCCUCCUGAUGGUGGGGGCGGGGCUUCUUUGGGGAAAGGUGUUCAGGCUCCACCCUAUUCAGACGGUGUUCAUUUCCAGCUGUCUGUCUUUGUCCAGCACUCCUCUUGUGUCACGUUUCCUUUCUGGCGGGUCCAGAGGGGAUAAGGAAGGUGACCUGGACUAUAGUAGUGUUUUACUGGGUAUGCUGGUGAUGCAAGAUGUUCAGUUGAGCCUUUUCAUUGCGAUCAUGCCAACUCUUAUCCAAGCAGGAAGUGGUGAGAUGGACAGUGUUUUGAUUGGAGGACUGCGUGUACUGGUCCUGUUGGCCCAGGUACUCGUCUCAUUCGCUGUUGUACUGCUGAUCUCCUGGCUCCUCAGAUCUCAUCUGAUUGGGCCGUUCUACAGAAAGCUCCACACUGAGAGUAAAGGGAACAAAGAGAUCCUUGUGCUUGGGACUGCAGCCUUUGUAUUCCUAAUGCUCACAGUAACCGAUUUUCUGGAUGUUUCCAUGGAGCUCGGCUGUUUCCUUGCAGGAGCACUGCUGUCCUCGCAGGGUCACAUGGUUACCAGUGAGGUCAUAAGCUGCAUUGAGCCAGUUAGAGACUUCCUGGCAAUUAUCUUCUUUGCAUCUAUUGGGCUGCAUGUGUUCCCAACAUUUGUUCUAUAUGAGUUAACCAUCCUACUAGUUUUGACCCUGUCAGUGGUGAUCAUGAAGUUUGUCAUGGCAGUGCUGGUGCUGACGGCGAUCCUUCCCCUGGGAUACCGACACAUCCGCUGGAUUGUAUCAGCUGGCCUGGCGCAAGUCAGUGAGUUCUCCUUUGUCCUGGGCAGCCGAGCUCGCCGGGCUGGCAUCAUUUCAAGAGAGGUGUAUCUUCUUGUACUAAGUGUCACUACAUUAAGUCUGUUGUUAGCACCUGUGUUGUGGAGAGCUGCAACUCUCAAAUGCAUCCCUCGGGUUGAGAAGAAACCAUCCACCUGACCCACGCUCAGCAUGAGGAGACUUGCUCUUUUCUCAUGUAGAAGAUUGUGGUACUAUAAGGGUUGUAAACAAAAGCACCUUUGGCUUUGACACAAAAUUGUAUCAUUUUUGUGUUUCAAGCCCCUCUGGGACAAGGGACUGCCAUGUCCUACUUUCUAAUGAUGACCAGUGUAUAAGCACUCAUUCGUGGAGCAUAAUUAGACAAUAAUACAAAAGAUCGCACAAUAGGGUGAGAUGAGACUUGAAUUUUUGUAGUUGCGACUCGGGGCUUAUUGUGUUUUAAGCUCUGUAUUGCAUCAACUGUAUUUAUUCCUGUAGAUUUGCUCGCUGAAAGCUGUUCUGCCGGUAUAAGGAAGUGCCUAACUGUGCCUUGACAUCAGCUGAUGUUAGCAGAUGUACCAAAUAAACUUGAGUGGCGACACAUAUACCAGUUUGUCUAGUUUUACCAGCCUUUGAAAUCUCAAUAGAUUUUUGCAUGUGUACACGUUUGCACAUUCUUAUUGACUGUUAUAAAGGUCAACAGCUUUCUGGGCUGAAGUCAAAUUAGGGUGGAAGUUUCAUGAAAAGAGCAAACGCAUUCCAGGGCUGUCAUGUUUAUUAUUCCAUAAGGGGUCACUGUUUGAAGUGGCAGUGUGUACUUUUCAUGAAUGUCCAAUAAAUUAUUUUUGAAAGACUGUAAGUAUUGUGAAUGCCAAGGUUAACACUUUUGAGAUGGAGUUCACCAUGUUGUCUUGUUAAACUAUGCGCUGUACUGUAAGUUGUAGAAAUUACAGUUUACAGAUGUAAACAGUACAUGAAUAUAUAAGAUCAUGUCAUAUUAAAAGAAAUUACGACUAA